GCUCAGAUAUAUCAGCGCAGUGCGCGCAACAGGACGCGCUGGAUUAAGAAGGACCAUAUUCACUCCGGAGCUGCUGUGUGUGAUUGAUUGCACUCAACCGUUAAAGCCAUUUUCUCUAAAAGGAAUAAGCUGUAAAAGAAAUGAAAGCGUGGAAAGUUCUGUUUCUGUACUUCGUGGUGUUGAAAGCAGCUGUGCAGUAUGUGACGUCCCUGGAAGAAGAGCUCUCCGGUUCUAUUUUUGGUAACUUACUCGACCCUCUGAAAGACUUGCUUGACCACAAGGAUGAAGGCAAUACAACCGUUGCCAGAUUCUCCCUCCGCAAACCAUCACAUCCUGAUGACGACCUGUGUUAUGUCAUCCCUGGCAAACCGGACUCCCUGGCAGCCUGCACCUUCAACAGCACCUCCAAAACCUUCCUAGUAAUCCACGGAUGGACGUUGAGUGGCAUGUUUGAGAGCUGGGUGCCUAAGCUAGUAUCAGCGCUGUACGACAGGGAGCAGACGGCCAAUGUCAUCGUGGUGGACUGGCUCAACUCGGCUCAGAAUCACUAUGUGGUCGCAGCUCAGAAGACCAAAGCAGUGGGAGAGGAGAUCGCUCGCUUCAUCGACUGGUUAGAGGAAACCACCAACAUGCCCCUUGAGAACAUGCACCUGAUUGGCUACAGCCUUGGGGCUCAUGUGGCAGGGUUUGCUGGCAGCCAUGCAACUAAUAAAGUCGGAAGAAUAACUGGUCUGGAUCCUGCUGGCCCUGAUUUUGAAGGCGAGCACGCACACAGACGCCUCUCUCCAGAUGAUGCUCACUUUGUGGACGUCCUGCACACCUUCACUCGCGGCUCCCUGGGUCUCAGCAUCGGGAUCCAGCAGCCCGUGGGCCACGUUGAUAUUUACCCCAACGGGGGCAGCUUCCAGCCUGGCUGCAACCUCAGAGGGGCCCUGGAAAAGAUUGCUAACUUUGGGAUAUUUGCCAUCACCGAUGCCGUAAAGUGCGAACACGAGCGCUCCAUCCACCUGUUCAUCGACUCUCUGCUGAACGAGCAGGAAGCAGCCAAGGCCUACAGAUGUGGCAGCAAUGACAUGUUCGACCGCGGCAUGUGUCUGAGCUGCCGCAAAAGCCGCUGCAACACAGUGGGCUACGACAUCAGCAAGGUCCGCAGGCCCCGCAACGUUCAGAUGUACACCAAGACACGAGCCUCCAUGCCUUUCAGAGUUUACCACUAUCAGCUGAAGAUCCAUUUCUCCAGUAAGGUGAACAACUCAGAGAUGGAGCCUUCGCUUACUGUCUCCCUGUACGGAACCAAAGGAGAGGCUGAAAACCUGGAGCUUAAACUAAAGGAGAAACUUGUGACAAAUAAAACACACUCAUUCCUGCUGGUGACGGAAAAAGAUAUCGGUGACCUGCUGAUGCUGAAGUUUAAGUGGGAGGAGACCAACGGCUGGUCUGCCUCUAACAUGUUGAAGAUGGUUUCCUCUUGGUGGUCGGGCUCAGACGGCGCUAACAUGGAGGUUCACAAAAUCCGCAUCAGAGCUGGGGAGACUCAGCAAAAGAUGGUGUUCUGUGUAAAAGACCCUGAUACCAAGGGCUUAACACAGGAGGUCACAUUUGUACGAUGCAAGGAUGCAUGGAGGACGAGCCCGAAACGGCGAGCAUCAAAAAGAUUAACUCUGAAGAACCACUGACCUCAAAAAGGAUACACCCAUUUUGUCCAAGUUUCAGCACUUACGCACGUAGAUAAUUUAUACACCUGUACAUUUUAUACACCUGGAUAUUAUUCUUAUACUCCAAAACAUUUAUAGACUGUAUAUAUCCACAGACUUAUGUAUGUUAUUUAAGGCAAUAUAUAUGUCAAUACUGUGUAAUAUUUUGUAAAAAGACGUUUUUGUGACACGUAACUGUAACUUCAUUGUUGUACUGUGCCAUUGCCUUUGGUGCACCUUAGUCAAAAUUUGGCCAAAUUCAUGGUUAUACUCAAAGUCAGCGAGGACACACUGAGAGGCCUGACUGGGUUUACCAUGUUUGGUUCUGGAGGUACCGAUUUCCUAUUGUGUAGAGUAAAAUGUAAAGGAACGACUGUGAAAGAUAAUGUUCUGCAGACUGGCACCUCAGUAAACGAGGGGAAAAUAAUUUUAAAGACGAAUGUCUUUCGGUGUUUUAGGCAGCAGGGUGUGAUUUAUUUACCGUUAUGUAUUACCUUAAUAAAGCACCACCCAACUGAGCAUUCACCACUGUGGCUCUCAGCACUGUACAUGGCUGAAGGACCUGCAUCAGUGUGCCUUACUGUGAACGGUCGCCAGAAGUAAGCUGUUGCAAACUGACCUUUUGUUUCCGACUCAGUGUGCGUUGUUAUUACAAUUCUGUGAGUUUUUACUGAAGCAUAUGAAACUGCAAAAGCUAUUGUUUUGAAUGCUUAAUGCUGCACCUCCGCAAGGUGAUGUGUUACUUUGAAGAUGUCACCUCGAAGAAGUGCCAUUGUGUCUAUUUUGUUGUGAGUAUUUGAUGCUCAUUGUGAAGUAGAAGGCUAAUGUUAAUGUUUUCACAUUUUUGUCAUAUAUGUAAAAGAAAUUUCUUCUGUAUCUUCUGUGCAUAAUAUAUAUAUUUUCAAUGAAUACACAUCUAUUCAUGGGUACAAUUCCAUUUCUGUGGGCAAUAUCUUAACCUCACCUCUUUUGAGAUCGGUACUGUAAUCAUUGUGACUUCAUUUCUACGUAUUUCUUUAAAAAAAAAAAGUAGAAAUGUCUUACUUUUGCACUGAGAACAGAGGUAGAGAUCGCUAAACCCAGUUACUUGUACAGUAAAUGCAUGUAAAUACAUAUAAUAACAUUUGUAGUGUUAAACUGUUAGCUAAAGAUUUUUACCUUCGGAUGUGCAUUUCUGUAACCCUCUGUACAUACUUGUAAAUAUAUCUCUGUGUAAAUUCUUUAAUAAACCAAACCUGCUAUGUAAGAGGUCAUAUUGA